UUCUUUUUCCUCUAUCUCUCCUCAAAAGCAAGUUCAAAACACAAAAAAGGGCAAUUAAAAGAAAAACCAACGUCUUAGGGAAGGACCACAUGCGUGUCAGGAAAGGAAGUUCCUCUGAUAGCGCUGUUGACAGUUGAUUGGGCCACGUAAGAGGGUACGUUAUGAGAGCCAACACGUGGUGGAUUUGACAGGGAAGGGAGAAGUGAGAUCAACGGUGAAGAUGAGUUCAUUUAGGGAAAAGAGCACUGCGUCACGGUACAAAACAGUACUACCUGAUUUCGGCCUGCCCGUGACGGUGAUGGGCAGCCUGCCCGUGGCGACCCAAAAAGCAGCUUCCAUCCUCCCACUGAAACCGAAAGCCUCUUCCUUUUAAAAGCCUCCCUCAAUGGAGCGCGCGAGCGUUCUUGUCCAUUUCAUUUUCGCAUUCGAUUUUACGUUGAUUUUUUAAAAAAGAAAAGCGUAAUUAAGAAAAAAAAUUUUCAAGAAAAAGAGGUUUCGAGAUUUCUUACCAGAAAUUUUGAUGAUAAUCGGGUGGUUUUAAUUGUUGUAAUGGCGGAGAUCUGCUGCGGAAUGGUGAGCGAAGGCGAAGCAUCAGCUCCGUGCGAGCCAAGCUCUCGUGCAGCCAGGAGACGUAGAAUGGAGAUAAGACGGAUAAAAUUCGUCACUGACGUGGCCCCAUCAGAGGCUGAGAAUGGCCGGAAACGCCAGAAGCUCCAAAUUUACACAGCCUCAUUGUCUCUAGACUGUGAAAACGCUGUUGACAAUUCUGCAUCCGAUGAAGACGGGAAUAAACAAAAGGUAAAAGUUAAAAACGGAAGAUCGAAAACGAAAGGAACGAUGGUGAAAAGUCACUCGAGCCCUCUUUUGUUGCCUCUAACCGAUUCAGAGUUCUAUCCGAAAUUCGGCGUCGCUUCGGUUUGUGGAAGGCGAAGAGACAUGGAAGACGCCGUCGCUAUUCACCCGUCGUUUCAGCGCCAAGGCCAGGUCUCUGCGGCCACUGGGUUUCACUAUUUUGGCGUCUACGAUGGCCACGGUUGCUCUCACGUGGCGAUGAGAUGCAGAGAGCUACAUGAGCUGGUGAAAGAAGAGUUGCAGGGUGAGGAGGAGGAAUGGAAAGGUGCGAUGGAGCGUAGCUUCACACGCAUGGAUAAAGAAGUGAUCAAGUGGAACGAGAGCGUGGUUGGAGCUAAUUGCCGUUGCGAGUUACAGUCCCCCGAGUGCGAUGCUGUUGGAUCUAGCGUUGUCGCUAUCGUAACGCCUAAUAAGAUUAUUGUUGCUAACUGCGGUGAUUCUAGAGCUGUUUUGUGUCGUAACGGCAAGCCCGUUCCUUUAUCGUCUGAUCACAAGCCGGAUCGUCCGGAUGAGCUGAACCGGAUCCAAGAAGCAGGCGGUCGGGUCAUUUAUUGGGACGGCCCUCGGGUCCUGGGGGUUCUCGCAAUGUCUAGAGCUAUAGGGGAUAACUACUUGAAACCUUACGUGAGCUGUGAGCCGGAGGUCACGAUCACGGACCGGACGGCGGAGGAUGAUUGUUUGAUCCUUGCGAGCGAUGGUUUAUGGGAUGUUGUGUCGAAUGAUACGGCGUGCGGUGUGGCGCGUAUGUGUUUGAGGGGGAAGGGUAACCUGCACGCGCCGCCGUGUUCGCUGGCGGAAGGAAUGGAACGGGAGGCGGUUUUUGGAUCCAUAAUGGGAGAGAUCUCGGACAAGGCUUGCACCGACGCUUCCAUGCUGCUGACAAAGCUGGCGCUGGCCAGGCAUAGUACAGACAACGUUAGCGUAGUCGUGGUGGAUCUAAGGAGAGCCACGUAGGCAUUCGGAGUUUCAUUCUCUCUCUAUCUCUCUCUCUCUCUCUAUUCUCCUUUUCUUUUUGGCCUUUCUGAGGUCUAGUUUAUGGGGCAGUGAAAAGCUUAGGGUUCUUUUCCUAAUUGUAUUUUCAGCCCUUUUUUGAAGGAGAAGAUUUGGGAGGAGGGGCGAAAAUAUCAAGUUAUGAAAGAUAGUGGGGGAAAAAUGGGAUAUUAGAAAUACAAAAUAUAGCAAAAAAAAAAAAUGAAACUGAGACUAGCUUUUGUUGGUUGGUUCUUUCUCAAGAAAUGAAAAUCUUUUAUCCGAAAUGAUAAUAGUUUUAUUUAUUCA